ACAAAUCAACACAACUAAUAAUAAUUACACGAUGCAAAUUUUCGUUAAAACAUUAACUGGAAAGACUAUCACUUUGGAAGUCGAAUCCAAUGAUACAAUUGAAAAUGUCAAGAGUAAGAUUCAAGACAAAGAAGGAAUCCCACCAGAUCAACAACGUUUGAUUUUUGCUGGUAAACAAUUGGAAGAUGGAAGAACCUUGUCCGAUUAUAACAUUCAAAAGGAAUCUACUUUGCACUUGGUGUUGAGAUUGAGAGGUGGUAUGCAAAUCUUUGUCAAGACCUUGACUGGUAAGACUAUCACUUUAGAAGUUGAAUCAAACGACACCAUCGAAAAUGUUAAGAGCAAGAUUCAAGAUAAGGAAGGUAUUCCACCAGAUCAACAAAGACUUAUAUUUGCUGGUAAGCAAUUGGAAGAUGGUAGAACAUUAUCCGAUUAUAACAUUCAAAAGGAAUCAACUCUCCAUUUAGUUUUGAGAUUGAGAGGUGGUAUGCAAAUUUUCGUUAAAACAUUAACUGGUAAAACCAUUACAUUGGAAGUUGAAUCCAAUGAUACAAUUGAAAAUGUCAAGUCAAAGAUUCAAGAUAAGGAAGGUAUCCCACCAGAUCAACAAAGACUUAUAUUUGCUGGUAAACAACUAGAAGACGGAAGAACAUUGUCUGAUUACAAUAUCCAAAAAGAAUCAACUCUUCAUUUAGUUUUGAGAUUGAGAGGUGGUAAUUAAAAUAAAUUGAACUAUUUGUAAAA